UGUUCCCUCUCUAACUCGCUCCUCCCUCCCUCUCUCUAUCUAUCGGGUGCGCAGGUUAAGCAGAAACAGGUGCGUAGCUUAACAAUUGACGCAUGAUGGACCGCCGGUGCCUGUUCUCGCUUGCUUUCAUCUGCAUUGUCGUCGCCGGCGUCGGAGGCCAGUCUCCCUCUUCCUCUCCCACUUCGUCUCCUGCUCCUCCUGCUCCCACUGCUUCUCCGCCCACCGCCACCACUCCCCAAGCCGCUCCUCCCACGGUUCAGCAAUCUCCUCCGCCUCAAUCGUCCCCUCCUCCGGCUUCCUCUCCUCCCCCUGCCACCCCUCCCCCUGUAAGCUCUCCACCUCCUGCAUCCCUUCCUCCAGCCUCUCCACCGCCUGCAUCCCCUCCUCCGGCCACUCCACCACCGGCAUCCCCUCCUCCCGCUUCUCCUCCACCCGCUACCCCGCCCCCGGCUUCUCCUCCACCCGCCACUCCUCCCCCGGCCACUCCCCCUCCGGCAACUCCUCCUCCGGCCACACCCCCACCAGCUGUCCCACCUCCAGCCAUUACCCCGGCGCCUCUUUCAUCUCCUCCGGCGACCUCUCCGGCUCUGUCCCCUUCGAAACUGAAGAGCAAAGCUCCGUCUCCUGCAUUGGCACCCAGCCCACCGUUGCCGCCAGCGGAGGCACCCGGUCCUAGCCUCGCCAACAUUUCUCCCAGUGGCAGCAGCGAUGUAAGUGGAGCAGAGAAGUUGUGGUCCUUGCACAACAUGAUUCUGAGCCUGCUCUUCGGAUGUGGCCUUUUCUCACUCAUGUUCUAGAGGAUUCUGUAGUAUUCUGUGGAGUUUUCCUAUUUGCAUUGUAUUAUUGUUGUGUAUAUUUUGAGGCCUGAAUCACAUGGAGCUUUUGUGAGCCAUAUCUGGACCAGCAGCACAAAUUAUUAUUGACUUGGCAUUCUUUUGGAGGAUCUUAAGGUCACACAUCUUUCUUGUAUCUCAGAGGAUUUACUAUUCUAUAUGUAUGCUAUUUUUCUCAGUUUA